ACAAUGCCAACCGAUAGUAAGCCACAAGCCCAGCUGUGAGCCGCAAGCCAUCCGAAGGCUGAUAGUGAGUCGCGAUAGAAUCGGUGUCGAUUUUGUACGUGUUAAAGAACUCGGAACGAAACCUUCGCGCUCCAAAAUGUUGUGACGCUCUUUACGCGCAGGAUACACAAGGGAUUAAUGGAAUUUAGUGAGAAUCAGCAACGGAAAUUGGACUCUUAUCCAUCGCCACCAUGACGACAAGGGAAUUAUACGUUAAGAAUAGUAAAGUAUGGGUUCCACAUCCGGACAAGGUUUGGGAAACGGCAGUGCUUUUGGAGGAUUACAAAGCGGGUAGCUCGAGGCUGCAAGUGAGAACCGAGGAGUCAAACCAGACGAAGCUGGUAGAAAUUAAGUCGGAUGCUGAUUUACCACCCUUGAGAAACCCGGAUAUUCUUAUUGGGGAGAAGAAUUUAACUUCUCUAUCAUUUCUUCACGAGCCAGCCGUUCUGUACAACCUCCAAAUCCGAUUUCAAAGGCACUCUAUAUACACUUACUGCGGAAUUGUCCUCGUCGCUUUCAACCCCUACAAUGAGUUGCCCAUUUAUGGAAAUGACACAAUAUGGACCUACCGCGGUCAAGCCAUGGGUGACCUCGAACCGCACAUUUUCGCUGUUGCUGAAGAGGCUUACACUAAAUUGGAACGGGAAAAUCAUGACCAGUCGAUUAUUGUUUCCGGAGAAUCUGGAGCAGGUAAAACCGUAUCUGCGAAGUACGCGAUGCGGUAUUUCGCGACGGUGGGCGGCUCGUCGACGGAAACUCAGGUAGAAAAAAAAGUUCUAGCUUCGUCGCCGAUAAUGGAGGCGAUCGGUAACGCGAAGACUACACGCAAUGACAACUCGUCGAGGUUUGGUAAAUUCAUUGAAAUCCAGUUCAAUAAACAUUAUCACAUCACCGGAGCGAGCAUGAGAACUUAUUUACUGGAGAAAUCCCGAGUCGUUUUCCAAGCGAAUGAGGAAAGAAAUUAUCACAUAUUCUACCAAAUGUGCGGAGCUUCGAACCAGCUGCCGCAUUUGCAUCUGGACUUUCAACACAAGUUCCAUUACCUAAAUCAAGGAAACAAUCCCCGAAUAGAAGGAGUUGACGAUGGCAAGUCCUUUGACGAAACAAUCACUGCUCUGACGAUGCUGGGCUUUUCAUCCAGACAACAAGACGAUAUGCUCCGCAUUCUAGCUGCCAUAUUGCAUUUAGGAAAUUUAAAUAUCGUUGACUGCGAAGCAGACGAUAGCACCGAUAAUGAUACUGAAGGAAGCACAAUUUCCCCAUCAGACAGACAUCUCCUCAUAAUCUCGGAACUAUUAGGCAUCGACGUGAACUCGAUGCGAAAGUGGUUGUGCCAUAGGAAAAUCGUAUCAAUGCGAGAAGUCUUUCUGAAGCCUAUGAACGUCGAGCAAGCGAUCGGGGCUCGCGACGCCUUGGCGAAGCACAUCUAUGCCGAGCUGUUCAACUGGAUUGUGGCCGGCAUAAACGAGUCGCUACAAACUCAGAGCAAAUCCCAAAGCUUCAUAGGCGUCCUAGAUAUUUAUGGUUUCGAAACAUUCGAGAUUAACUCCUUUGAACAAUUCUGCAUCAACUAUGCGAACGAAAAACUGCAGCAACAGUUCAAUCAACACGUAUUCAAACUCGAACAGGAGGAGUACCUGAGAGAGGAAAUCGAGUGGACCUUUAUCGACUUUUACGACAAUCAACCUUGCAUUGACCUUAUUGAAACCAAACUCGGAAUUCUAGAUCUGCUCGAUGAGGAAUGCAGAAUGCCGAAGGGUUCGGACGGUUCGUGGGCGGAGAAGCUUUACUCAAAAUGCGGCAAGUCGAAACAUUUUGAUAAACCGAGAUUCGGUACGACUGCCUUUCUUAUCCACCAUUUUGCCGAUCGAGUUCAGUACGAAACUACUGGAUUUUUAGAAAAGAACCGAGACACGGUGAUCGAAGAACAAAUCGACGUGCUGAAAGAUGGGAGCAAUAAAUUGUUGAAGAAGCUCUUCAGCGGUGCCGAUGAUCAGAAACUUGGAGUACCUAAUGUAAGAGUGAAAAUAUCUGCUCAGAAACCAAAUAUCAACACACCAAAACAGAACAAAAAAACGGUUGGCUCCCAGUUCCGGGAUUCGUUGAACAUGCUAAUGUCGACGUUAAAUGCAACAACGCCGCACUACGUAAGGUGUAUAAAGCCAAACGACACGAAAGAGGCCUUCGAGUACAACCCGGUAAGAGCAGUGCAGCAGCUCCGAGCAUGUGGAGUGUUGGAAACAAUAAGAAUAUCAGCAGCAGGUUACCCGAGUCAAAGAACGUACGGAGAGUUCUUCCAGCGGUACAGAGGGCUGUGCAAAUUCUCCGAAAUCGACAGAGACGAUUUGAGAGAAACCUGCCGCCGAAUACUCUUUAGGUACAUAAAAGACGAAGACAAGUUUAAGUUCGGGAAGACGAAGGUCCUCUUUAGAGCCGGUCAGGUCGCCUACCUCGAGAAGUUGCGUGGUGAUAAGCAGCGCGACGCCUGCGUCACGAUUCAGAAAGCAGUGCGUGGAUUCUUAUGCCGUAACAGGUACGGCAGGAUGCGAAGGGCUAUUCUGGGUUUGCAGCGCUGCGCCAGAGGUUGGCUAGCGCGCCAGAGGGCACAGAAAAUACGGGAAUACAGAGCGGCCGUUAAACUGCAAGCGCGAAUUCGUGGCUGGGUGAAGCGUUCGCAAUUUUUGCGCGUCAAGCACGCGGUUCUCGGUCUCCAGGCGCACGGUAGAGGCUUUUUGGCCCGCAAGAAGUACCAGUUGAUGCGAGAUAACGCCGCCGCCAUUUUGGUACAGAGGCUCGCCAGGGGCUACUUGGCCAGAAAAGCUUACAAAAAGAAGUUGCAAGAUAUUGUCAUCGUUCAGUCUUGCGUCAGGCGGUAUUUGGCCCGGAAAGAACUCAAGCGGCUCAAGACUGAAGCCCGUAGCGUCGAACACGUAAAAUCUCUCAACAAGGGCCUCGAGAAUAAGAUCAUCUCCAUGCAGCACAAGAUCAAUGAGCUUACGAAGGAAAACCACCAGCUCAAAACGGCGCAGCAGGAAGUGGUGGAGCUGAAAUCCAAGCUCGAAGGUCUGAAGGCCAUAGAAAUAGAAAACAAAAAACUGACCACUCUGUCUGUCGAGAAGGAUAAGGAAAUAGAAAAGUUACAAAAUACUCUGAAACUGGAGAGAGAUGAGAGGAUGGAUCUAUUGCAGGACAAGGAAAGAGACACGAAGCAAAGCGACCAAGAAAACGAAAGCCUGCGGGCUGAGAACGAACGACUACGGCUUGAGCUGUCGGCGGCAAACGAGAAGCUGAAAACAAACCAACAUGUCGCGGAAGAGACACUGAAACAUCGGUUCGAACAGGAGAAGGAUCUACUACUGCUCGAUCAAGAUCAAGACCGCGGCGCAUACCAAAGACUGCUCAAGGAGUUCCACGAAUUGGAACAGCAUGCCGAAAUGUUGGAGCAACAACUAGCCAGACAUGUUCCCGCGCAUUCUAGAUCCCUUAGCGACGCCUCGAGCUCGAGCGGUCAUAUUGCCGCCACGGAUCUACCGCAGGACGAUCAAAAUACCGACUUUGGGUAUGGAUCUGUGCGCUCGACGGCCUCAUCUGUGCAGACUCAUUCUCGAGUAGAAACGAUCGACUGGAAUCAACGUCGGUCGGACAGUCCGCCAGACGGUGAAGUAAACCCUCUUAAGACCUCCAAAUCGCCAGACGCGACACAACCUUCGGUAGAUGUCGGUCUUGUGUUGAAGCUUCAACAAAAGUUGAAGGAUGUCGAAAAGGAAAAUCGGAGACUUAUCAGGAUGCUGGAGGACUCCGAGGGAGACACUAGCGAAGAGGUCUCAAGGACGGAGGACAGCUUCAGGCUCCAAGAACUCGAAAUGGAAAACGACAAGCUCAAAACGGACCUUGGCUCACUUCGGAAAACCGUUUCCGAUUCGAACGCUACAACUGCUCAAAGCACUCUACUAGAUCAAUUUGACGUUCUUCAAGAAGAACUGAAGCGUCGACGUGAUGAAUGCAUCCAACUGCGCAGCGUGUUGGCCGAUCAGACCCGGAAGAUGAAAAGUCUCGGAUCUAAUUACGGACGCGAUGUCGACAUUAUCAACGAGGAUGGCGAGCUGGUAUUGGCCUUUGAGGCCCAGAAAAAGAUAAACAGACAAUUGGAAGAUGAGCUCCAAGCGAAGGAAAAGGGCUGGAGGUCUCAACGGGAUGAAUGGCGCGCGGAAAUCGAUAGGCUGCAGGAAGAAAUUCAGCGUCAGCAAAAACUCCUUUCCGUAAACUUGAGCAAAACGCCUCAAACGCAAACCGAAGCAUACAUGCAACAUGAAAUAACGAGGUUGACAUCAGAAAAUUUGGAUCUGCAAGAAAAGUAUGACCAAAUAUCAGAAGAAUGUAGAAAGAUUAAGAAGCAAUGCAAAAUACUUGCAAAACGUCUUAAGGAUGCCGGAUACGACGGUGAUGAUUUAAGGGAUACAAAGGACAGUAACGAUCGAUUUUACGAUUCUAAAGAUAUUGUACCAGAUAGCGUGGAAUCCACGAACGACUCGUCAGCAGUUUUGGCAACGAAUCAUCUAUCGACCGAAGCUGGACGCAAUAUGCCUGUCAUUAGAAAGAAGGAAAGAGAUUACGAAGGAUUGUUCGAAUUCAGAAAAGAAGACAUUGGAGUUAUAAUCCGACACCUUGUCAUAGAGUUGAAGCCACGCGUAGCUGUGACGCUGCUUCCUGGGCUGCCGGCUUACAUACUGUUCAUGUGCAUAAGACACACGGACUUUGUGAACGACGAUGAUAAAGUAAAAUCUUUGCUGACGGCUUACCUGAACGGGGUGAAGCGAGUCAUAAAGAAGCGGGAAGACUUCGAGUACAGCGUGUUGUGGCUUAGCAACACGCUGCGGCUGCUCCACAACAUGAAACAAUAUUCCGGCGAGAAGCCGUUUCAGAUUGAAAACACGCCGAGACAGAACGACCAAUGUCUAAGGAACUUCGACCUCGCCGAGUACCGCGUCAUUCUGGGGAACGUAACAGUGUGGAUCUUCAACAAGAUCGUCACGUAUCUGAAGGAACGGAUCCAAGCGCUAACAGUUCCUGCGCUCCUCGAACACGAGGCAAUUUCUGGUCUGAGCUCCAACAACGCCGGCAGAGCUCGGUCGUCCAGUGUCGGUGAACAGCCAGAAUCGACACAGCAAAAGUUGGACAAGCUUUUGGCCGAGUUGAGCUCCGUCAACAAGGCUCUUCAGUACCAUGGCGUCGAUCCCGAAAUCGUCGUUCAGUUAUUCAAGCAGUUAUUUUACUUCAUGUGCGCGAGCGCACUCAACAAUCUUCUCCUUAGGAACGAACUCUGCCAAUGGACAAAGGGCAUGCAAAUAAGAUAUAACUUAAGCCACCUUGAGCAAUGGGCCAGAGAUCAGCGGCUAUCACCAGCUGCUGAAGCACUCCAACCAAUAAUUCAAGCUGCGCAACUUCUGCAGGCCCGAAAAACUGAUGAGGAUGUUAACUCGAUCUGUGAAAUGUGUAACAAACUGACGGCCAAUCAAGUGGUCAAGAUUUUGAAUCAAUACACGCCAGCCGACGAUUUCGAAACCAGAGUUCCGGUUUCGUUCAUAAGAAAGGUGCAAAUCAAACUUGAAGAACGCGGGGAAAAGAACGAACAGCUUUUAAAGGAUCUGAAUUUCACGUAUGCUGUGACCUUCCCGUUCAAUCCAUCGAACAUCCGCCUCGAAGACAUCGAGGUUCCGGAAGUAUUGCAUUUACCAAUGCUCAAGAAGAUCUAAGCCACGUAAAAAAAUCAGCUACACUUAUAAUUAUGUAAUUAAAUGUAUAAUAAGGAAUUUAGUUUUAAAUAGAUUAAUUUAUUUAUGGAGAAAAUCAGCGUACUAAUGGCCUAAAAAAUUAAUCAUUUUAAUAAUUGAUAAUAUUACGCGUACCUCCUAUUAUUUCGUACUUAUUAAAGUAGCUUCAAAUUCUUGCAAAAAAAUCCAAGCAAGGCAAAAAUUACUCCGAGGCCAUGAUAAUGUAUAUCAUUUUACGCAAAAUUAACCUCUUCUCGGCCAUCGUUACAUAUUUGGAACGGACACGUGAAAAAUUCGGCCGGGAAGAGGUUAAUAUAAUUCGUACUAUACAUUUAAGUAGCAUAUCUUUAUGACAGAAAAAAAAUUUGUCAGUUAAAAGCUUGUUGUCAAGUAUUUUGAGCUUCGAUAUAGUGGUUGAUUAAACUUAUAUAUCAAAUUUCAUGCAUUUUGACUUAGCGUGGGACGGUCACCAUUUCCAAUUAUAUUUCAACUUUAGUAUAUGCGUAGUACUCUCGAAUGCGGAUUACAUUCCAAACAUGGAAUCCAUUGAAUUUCGAGCUUUUAGGCCACUUUUCAAAAUCUGAAAAAAGUUACAGAAAAUUUUCCGCAACAUCACAAAAAUUGUGAGACCUUGCAGAAACUCGCACUUUUCAUCGGCUUGGAAAUUGUGAAAAUUCUGAAGAAAAAUUUUCUAAGAUUCUAGAGAAAAUUGGUAAGAUUUUAGAACUCUACCAAAGUGGUUUUUCCAUUUCUUCAAAUCUUUGUAGUUUCAUAGAGCCUUCUCUAAAAUCUACAACAAUAAAGUGACUCACAACUAUAGCAAAUAAUUCGGAACUUCCAAGCUAAUCAAGAUACAACUUUCUUCAAGGUCUUGAAAUUAAUGUAAUUUUGGGUACGAUUUUUGGUAGUUUUUCAAAUUUUUAAAUGUGACCCAAAAAUUUGAAAUUACGUUUUCUAACUUCGGGACGGCAAGUGACCUCGAGAAACAAAAAAAUACGGGUGAUUGUAUUCGAGAUUACUACGAUAUAUUGAAGUUACAACAAAAUUGAAAGCAGUGACUGUUCGACGCCAGGUGAAAUUGCAUAGAAUUCUCCAUUUAUUCUGGUUCUGUAAAAAGAUAUAAAAUUUAAGAGUAUAUUAAAAAUCGUUGAUGACAUUAGAUUUGAGAACAGAGUCUAUUAUGCAGUGUAUUCAAAUUACUUUAUAGUCUUACUGGUUUCCUUAGUUUUUUAAGAAUUAGAAAUGUGUUUAGUAAUUGAAAGGAAAGAAACAAGUAAGCAAAAAAUGGAAGAGAAAACUAAAACAAUAAUUACAUAUAUUACGUACAAACAAAUAGAUUAUUUAUUAUGAAAAAAUUGCCAUUGUGUAUGAUCAUGAUGAUGUUGAUGAUGAUGUAAAAAGGAAUCAGAGUAUGUUGGUCGAGUCUAGAUAUCCGUGUUUUUAGCAUUGAAGCUGGCGUAAACUGUAUAUUUUGUGAUACGAGGAUGAUUUUUGUGGACUGAGGCCGCGAUUAGGCCGAUGAAAAUGGUAAAUAAUUGAAGAGACGAAUUACAAAAGGUUGUAAGUGCCUGCAACCAGAAAUUAAACAAGUACGAAGAAAAACACCUUGCUCCGCUGCACAGUUAUUUAUUAGUUGAUUAUUUGGUUAUUUUUUUAUUUUUUAUUUUUAAAUGGCACUGACAGCCUUUUCUAAUUCUCUUCUUCAAUUACUAUACACUACUUGAAUAGAAUAAUUUAAUUCAACUUAAUUCAAUCACAGUACGCGCGGCUUAUACCACACUCCUCAACUCUCCUCUCGCGAUUCCUUGCCCCACUACCUGCCAACUAAUGUUUCCCUCUCUUUCUCGUGCGCGCUGUGUCCGUGGCUGUGUCCUUCUCUAUCUCCACUAUCAAAAUAGCUACACGGGGCUUCGGUGAAUGCCUACCGCAGAAUGGAGGACUCGCUGUAUAUCACAAUCAAUACCCUUACACCCCUGAGUAGUGUAAUAUAACCCGCGUGUACUGUAUACGUAUGUACUAUAAUUUAGUGCCAUUUUAUAUAUUAUUAAUAUUACUUUUAUUAAUAUUACUAUUGCAAUAAGAGAAAAGAUGGAAUUACGUUUGUACGUCUACGACUUAAUUUUUCGAUUAUUGUGUACGUAAAUUAUUAACUUGUGUUUGUUGAUGAUGAUAUGGAUCAUGAUCAUGAUGAUAUCAGGCAUUCCAUUGUUCGCGGAGGGUUUGAUACAAUCCCUUGAAGUUAUUAAUUCCAUAGUAUAAUUGAAUGAUUAUUUAUUUCUUUGUAAAUUGAAUAAACAGUGCACUGUUUCAACCAGACGAAAAUGUA